AUGAGUUUGAAAAGGUAAUAUAAAAGAAAACAACUCCAAAAUUAAAAAAAAAACUCCAAAUUAUUCUCACAGUCACUAUCAUCGUGUGAAAAGCCAUGUUUCAAUGGUGUCUGCUUGAAUAGAUCAUGCAUAUGCACUAAAGGAUGGUAUGGUUUGCAGUGUGAUCAUUGUUACGGGAGAGUCAGGUACAUUUUUGUAGCCGCAACCUUAAUAUCUACCUUUUCAUUAAAGACUAUCAGAAAACUCGAGUCACAUAUCCGAUGGACCUCAAGACUACGCUUCGUCUGCAAAAUGCACCUGGUUAAUUGAACCGGAAAAUGUUUGCUCAAAAAAAAAUAAAUGAAUGAAUAAAAUUUCAGAAAAACAACAGUCUCUCCAUUAAGAUCAACAAUUUUGUCACGGAAUGUGGCUGGGACUAUUUGUAUAUUUAUGAUGGUGAUAGUGUCUAUGGAAAACAACUUGCUGCGCUAUGGUAACAAAAUUGUCGAAACAGUAUAACAACAAAUAGUAUUUCAGUGGUGAGCAACCAGCUCAAGAGUUCACAGCUGCGUCCGGAAAAGCAUUGGUUUACUUCUUCAGUGAUUUGGCUAUGAAUCUCAACGGGUUCAACAUUUCAUACGAGUCUAAUAGGUAUGUACUAUGCACCUUAUUGAAUGUCUAAAAAAAUUGUCGUUCAGUUGUGCGUAUAACUGUUCAAGUCACGGAACUUGUGUUGAUGGAGAAUGCAAGUGCGGAAAUGGGUAUUCAGGUUAGUCAUUAAGCAAACUAAAAUUAAAAUAUAGCCUUAAGGCAUCCACUGUGAACAUGAAGUCUGUGGUAUUCAAAAUGAAUUAGCUCAAAAUCCUUGCCAUGAAGGUGAAUGUCAGAACGGGAAAUGUGUGUGCUUCUCAAGCAAUGUGCAUGGAGAGUUCUGUCAGAGUCCAUCCAGUGCUGCAGUUUGGGAUUUGAUGAAGGAAACAAGCAUGAACGUCGAAGGAAGAGCUUCCCAUGUAACCCUCCAAGUAGAUGACAGUAUUUGGAUAAUUGGUGGAGAGUCAUUCAAUAAUAAUCACGAUGAGAACAGUUUCAAUGUAUUCAACUUGACCAGCCGACAGUACAGUCGAAUUGAAUGUACUGGUGAAACACCAGCUCCUCGCUUUGAUCACACUAUCGUAAAAUACAAAGUAAAAAAUCGAAAGAUGAAAAGAUUUUGAUUUUUAUUGGUUUUCAGAACAAACUCUAUAUGUUCGGUGGUGUUGUGAGAAAAGGAAAAGGCAAAGAAUCAACACAAAGUGUUACCAAUGAACUUUGGGUUUUUGAUAUUAGUACAAAGACCUGGACUUCCAAGAAACACAAGAAUGAAACAAUUAUUGUAAGUCGAUAAUAUACUUGUCGUAUUUCUAACAUGUUUCGUUGCAGACUGCUCCAUUCUCAGUUUCGGGCCAUUCCGCGCAUGUCGUUGGACAUGAAAUGUUUGUUUUCUUUGGAUACAAUCCACUAUUCGGUUUCAUGCACCAUGUACAAUUGUUCAAUCUUGGUAUAAACCAUUUUUAAAGAUUUUUCAGAAAAAAUGAUAUCGUUUUAGAAACCGAUGAAUGGAGUAUUGCAAACACGACGGACCAUGUUUAUGGUCGUUUCAAACAUUCUUCCGUGGAAUAUGUGACAUCUGGCGUAAGGAACAGGUAUCUUGUAACGUCUUACUGAUUAGCUGUUAUAGGGUUCCGUAGCUGUGCUCAUUUACGGAGGAAGUAUGUGGAAUAACACAAUAACUGACAGUCUCAUGCAGUUCGACACAAACUCGCGAAAGUUCACCAAUCUACCACAAUCGGGUUUGCAGUCGUAUAUGCACUCAGCGGUGUAUCUUAACGGACUCAUGAUUGUUGUCGGUGGCAGAAGCUCUAACCUAACAACUGAUGGAAAGUCCGAAUGUUUUGCAAGCACAGUUUUAUCAUAUGAUAUCGGUAAGUGUAUCCACUUCAAAAAAUUUUCAUAACUGAACAUAACAAUUUUAGCAUGUAAGCAAUGGUCAAAUAUGUCUGAACCACCAACAGAUUUGCGAAGAUAUGGACAUUCAGCGCAAGCGGUAAAUGGAAAAGUUUAUGUUAUUGGAGGAUUUGAUGGAACAAUGAGGAAUGAUGUCUGGGUUCUCAGUCCAGGUACUUUCAACCCAUUUAUAGUUUCAUGUAAUUAAUAUAAUUACUUUUCAGCUAACUGCUCAUCAGCGGCAAAACCUGAAGAAUGCAGAUCCAUAACAGAUGGAACAAAAUGUGUGUUCAUUGACAGUGCCUGCAAACCAUUUGAUCCAAACGUUUCAUACAAACCACCGUUUUCUUCUUUGAUUAAGGAGUCCAGCUCAAAAAAAUAUGACGAGUGUUCAAAUACACCAUUCCGGUGACUACAGUAUAACCAGCUGAAUUGGCAUGCUCAUUAUUUUAUUACAGGCUAGCUCUGAAAACAUGCGAGGAACAAACAGAUUGCAUUUCCUGUGCCUCUAAAUCUGGAUGUGGUUGGUGUUUGUCAGGUGAACAAUGCUUGCCAAACGAACAUGACUGUGUUGAUGGCCCUGUAAGAAACCAAUAUUCAUAUUCAUAAAUAGGUUAAAUUUAAGGGAAUGCUAACAUCUUGGGAAAAGUGUCCGCAUCGUAACGCCCUGGUUACGUUGAGGCCUUGCAACAUGGAAAAUAGCUGUGGAAGUUGUCGUAUAUCACCACACUGUACUUGGUACCCAAUUGACAAGGCUUCUCCUUGUGUGAGCAAAGAGGAUUUGAGUAAGAUUAACCAAAGUCGUUGCUUGUAUAAUCACGGUGUUCAUUUCAGUUGCGGUAGUGUACGAAUACGAAACAAAAUCAGUUCUACAAGAUCGCAACAAAUUCCUUUCGCCAUCACAUUUUCCAUCCUUCAGUCGGACCUUAUUCCGCAACUCAUCAGAGUGUCCACUGCCGUGCGCUCAACGAUCAAACUGCAGUGAUUGUGUGGAACUGGAUCAGUGCAUGUGGUGUCCGAGUACCAACAGAUGUAUCAACUUGGAAGCAUACACACUCUCAUUUGCAUACGGACAGUGCCACUCAUGGGUGACUUCAGGAUCAGGAAGUAUUCUCAACAGAAUUUGUCAAGCGGGUUUGUUUUAUUUUAUUAUAAUUUUAUUUUUAAUGCUGUCUACUUUCAGAAUCGAGUAUCUGCGAAGAGCAUAAAACCUGCGGAGAAUGCCAACGCGAUCCAGGGUGUGGCUGGCUAGCCGAUGAUUCUAAAACUGGCCUUGGCUUAUGUGUCCAAGGAAAAUCAACCGGUCCACUUGAACCCCUUCCUGAAAAUCGAACAUGGCACUUCAUUGAUUGUCCAGCAUGCCAAUGCAACGGUCAUUCCACUUGCAUCAGUUCUCCGGGUUCUUUCCCUCCAGUUCAGAUUGAGAAGUGCGAGGCUUGUUCAAACAACACGACGGGAGCUCACUGUGAACGCUGCGCUCCGGGAUUUUAUGGUGAUUCGAGAAACGGUGGAACAUGUGCAAGUAUGUUAACUUCAAGUUUCGAAUCACUUUCAUGGACAUUAUUCAUUAAAGAAUGUGAUUGCAACAAACAAGCGGAUAUAUGUGACGCUCAAACAGGACAGUGCUAUUGUCGUACCAAAGGAGUGACUGGAGAUCACUGCGACAAAUGCGAAGCCAAAUAUAUUGGCAACCCACGGAACGGAACACCUUGUUAUUGUAAGUUUUCGUGAGUAUAAAGUUGUAAUUAAUGUUUUGGGAUUUGAGACGAAUUGGCUGUCGAUUUCAUCUUCACAUUUAAGUUGAAAAACGAUGACAAAGACAAUCAUACAAGUGAAAUCUAUCUCUACAGUGUACCUUAUAAAGUAAGAUUCAAGCUUUAAAGGAAGUCCAUCCAAUUAUAUUGUUUUUUUUCACAGAAAGAUACGGAUGUUACGUUUCAAAUAAGCUGCGAGUCACUAAAAGGAAACGCGUUAGUUGCACUGAAUAUGACAUCUUCCUAUAUUGAUGGUCUACCAGAACGAACACAAACCAUGAUGGUACUAUGCUUUAAAAUUGUUACUUUUCUAACAAUGCGUUUUUCAGGUCGACACAGUGUGUGAUUCCAAAGGGUUCAGAAGAGUAUAUGUCGCUUCUGACAAAGGCUACCCGUUUGGACCCGACUCAAAUACCACAUUUUUUGUGAGUUCAUAAUUGCAGUUUAUCUUCAUGAGCUACACUUUUCAGGUUCGAGUAUAUAAUUUCAAUACACCGGUACAAAUAGUUGUCAGUUUUGCCCAAUCUCCUCCCAUCAACUGGGUGUUAUUUUUUGUGAUAUUUGCUGCGUAAGUUUUCAUAAGCAUUUAGAAAUAAACAAGUCACUAAUUAUUUUUUUUAGAUGUUUCAUUGUUCUGUUGGUGGUUGCUGGAUUAUUAUGGAUGAUCAAAGUACGAAUCGAAGCGUAUCGCAGAAAUCAGCGAAGGAUUGAUGAAAUUGAACAUGUCAGUUCAUAAUUACUGUUUCCUUUGAGGUGCAACAAAUUUCAGAUGGCAUCUCGACCAUUUGCCUCUACAAAAAUGGAACUCAGCCUGUUGAACCAACUCUCAUCAGCCGGAGCGCCAACCCCAUUGUCAAUUGAGCCGUGCAGCAACUAUCGUGCUGGAGUUUUUACGUUGGCAGUCCGUCUACCAACUGGAGGCCGUAACAACACGCCAAACGGCACGUCAGGACUUGCAGUUGCGUCAUCUUUAUGCCUUCUCACUCCACAACAGAUCGGAGUGCUUCAAGCGCAAGAGAACGGGGAGAACAACAGUGGACGAAAGAGCAAUUUUCGAAAUUUGUUGAGGCUAACGAGGAGACAAGGAGAGCAAUAG